UUAUUAUUAGAACCGGCCCGCAGACCGCAGCAAGCCGGCAGCCCGCAGAUCUUUUACACGCACCAAUACUACAUUUCCCACAAUGCAACGGUGACGCACCGAGCAGUAGGCUGCUUCAUUUCAAUAUUUAUUGGCACAGCAGUCGUCAGCAUCACAGUAAAAUUAACUUUCAGAUACCCAUCAAAAAUGGCAAAACGGAAGGUGGACACUGAGAACCGGGGGUUUCAAACAAGGUGGGAGUCGGAGUAUAUGUUCACGGAGGUAGCUGGAAAACCUGUGUGUCUUCUGUGUGGAGAAAGUGUGGCGGUACUGAAAGAGUAUAAUCUGAGACGACAUUAUGAAACGAAACACGCGGACAAAAACAAGAAUAUGGACAUGGAACAAAGGCUACAAAAGGCAGAGGAAUUAAAACGAGGCCUCAAAUCUCGACAGGCUCUGUUCAAAAAAGCCAAAUCACAAGGCCAGGCUGCGUUCAAGGCCAGUUUUAUUUUGGCAGAAGAGAUCGCUAAAUCAGCCCGGCCAUUUACGGAGGGGGAUUUCAUCAAAAACUGCAUGAUUAAAGUUUGUGACGAAGUUUGCCCAGAAAAAAGGCAACUCUUUUUAAAUGUGAGUCUGAGCAGAAACACCAUUGCCGAGAGAGUAGACCAGUUGUCCAUCAAUCUAAAAGAGCAGCUUGUGAAAAAGAGAAAAGAUUUCAUUGCAUAUUCCUUGGCUGUGGAUGAGAGCACCGACAUUUCUGACAUUGCCCAGUUGUCAAUUUUCAUCCGCGGAGUGGACUCCAGCCUAAGCGUGACAGAGGAGUUUUUGGCUUUACGUCCUAUGCAUGGCACAACUACGGGGCAUGAUUUGUAUGAAGAGGUGUCAAGAUGUGUAAAUGAGAUGGAGCUGCCUUGGGAAAAACUCGUGGGUUUGACAACCGACGGAGCACCUGCGAUGUGUGGACACAGGAGCGGACUGGUGGCGAAGAUACGGGAAAAGAUGCAAGAGGAAAACGCGACAGGUGAGCUGACAGCUUAUCAUUGUAUCAUACACCAGGAAGCGUUGUGCGGUAAAGCCUUGAAAAUGGAGCAUGUAAUGAGCAUCAUCACGCGCACAGUUAACUUUAUCAGAGCCAAAGGUUUGAAUCACCGCCAGUUCAAGGCAUUUCUGACGGAGUUAGAAACGGAGCAUGGUGAUUUGCCUUAUCACACAGAGGUGCGAUGGCUAAGCCAGGGAAAGGUGCUUCAAAGAUGUUUCGAGCUUCGUGAGGAGAUUUGUCUGUUCUUGGACAGCAAAGGGAAAGACACAACACAACUCCGAGACGAAAUGUUUCUGUGUGAAAUGGCUUUUCUGUGUGACAUUACGAGUCAUCUGAAUGCAAUGAACUUGCAGCUGCAGGGUCGGGAUCGUGUCAUCUCUGAUAUGUACAGUACAGUGAAGGCAUUUAAAACCAAACUGACUCUGUGGGAGACGCAGAUGCGGAAAGAAAAUUUGAGCCACUUUCCCAGCUGCCAGACCAUGAAAGAGAAGCUCUCUACCAGUGCGUUCCCGAGCGCACAGUUGGCUGAUAAAAUAGGUAUGCUUGCCGCUGACUUUCGACGCCGAUUUGCUGACUUUAAAGCACAAAAAAGUAGGUUGGAGCUGCUCGGUAACCCAUUUGCUGUUGACGUGGAAAGCUCACCACCAAACCUCCAAAUGGAGUUGAUUGACCUCCAAUGCAAUGAUGCACUGAGGGCAAAAUAUGCGGCAGUGGGUGCUGCGGAGUUCGCCCGUUUCCUCCCCGACACAAUGCCCCAGCUGCGCAUCCAGGCUGCUCAAACGUUGUCUAUGUUUGGCAGCACAUACCUGUGUGAACAACUGUUUUCUUUGAUGAACCUGAACAAAACAUCACACAGAAGUCGACUUACUGCUGAACACCUCCACUCAAUUCUGAGGAUUUCCUCAGCUCAGAGCCUUACCCCGAACAUUGAUGAACUUGUGAAAAAGAUGGGACACCACCAAGUAUCACCCUCAACCUCAAACAAGUGAACAUUACUGUGCAAUCACAUAUUUAGAGUUUUUACUCAGUUCAAGUUUAAAAGUUAAAGUUUAAUAUUUGUUUUCACUGCAUGUUACUUCUCCUUAAACAAAGUGUUGUUUUUGAUUAAUAGAUUUUUGCACUUUAUUUUAUUGUAUUUCAAUCCAAUUAUAUUUUAAAAAUAUUUCAGUUGAGUGGAUGAUAGAAAAUUGCUAUUAUUGUUUUUUUCUUUGAAGUAAA